CAGGCUUCAUGUCGCGCCCGAAGAAUCAAAUUUACAAGGGCCAUGGGGCAUCAAAGGGAAAAGAACGAGACCAGAGAGUUCUGAUCCGGUUCAAGGCCACUCUGGUGAACACGCUCAUGGAUGUCCUUCGCCACAGGCCAGGCUGGGUAGAAGUGAAAGACGAAGGGGAGUGGGACUUCUACUGGUGUGAUGUCAGCUGGCUGCGGGAGAACUUCGACCACACCUACAUGGAGGAGCACGUGCGCAUCAACCACUUCCGCAACCACUACGAGCUAACCCGAAAGAACUACAUGGUGAAGAACCUAAAGCGGUUCCGGAAACAGCUGGAGCGGGAGGCGGGAAAGGCGGAGGCAGCCAAGUGCGACUUCUUCCCCAAAACCUUUGAGAUGCCGUGUGAGUACCACCUGUUUGUGGAGGAGUUCCGCAAAAACCCAGGAAUCACCUGGAUCAUGAAGCCCGUGGCCCGCUCCCAGGGGAAGGGCAUCUUCCUCUUCCGGAAGCUGAAGGACAUCAUGGACUGGCGGAAGGACUCAAGAUGCACCGAUGACCAGAAAGAUGAGGUCACUGUGGAGAACUACGUGGCUCAGCGCUACAUCGAGAACCCCUACCUGAUUGGAGGCCGCAAGUUCGACCUGCGAGUGUACGUGCUGGUAAUGUCGUACCUCCCACUGCGGGCCUGGCUGUACCGGGACGGCUUCGCCCGAUUCUCCAACACCCGCUUCACCCUGAGUAGCAUCGAUGACCACUAUGUUCACCUCACCAACGUCGCCGUGCAGAAGACCUCCCCCGACUACCACCCCAAAAAGGGUUGCAAGUGGAUGCUGCAGCGCUUCCGGCAGUACCUGGCAUCCAAGCACGGGCCCGCCACCGUGGAGACACUCUUCAGGGACAUGGACAACAUCUUUGUCCGGAGCCUGCAGAGCGUGCAGAAGGUGAUCAUCAGCGACAAGCACUGCUUCGAGCUGUACGGCUACGACAUCCUCAUCGACCAGGACCUCAAGCCGUGGCUCCUGGAGGUCAACGCGUCCCCGUCGCUGACGGCCAGCAGCCAGGAGGACUAUGAGCUCAAGACCUGCCUCCUGGAAGACACCUUGAAUGUCGUGGACAUGGAGGCCAGGCUCACGGGCCGGGAGAAGAGGGUCGGAGGCUUUGACCUUAUGUGGAACGAUGGCCCCGUCAGCAGAGAGGACGGGGCUCCUGACCUGUCAGGGACGGGCACCUUUGCCACCAACACGCACCUCGGCUGCGUCAAUGAUCGGAAAAACCAGCUGAGGCAGCUCUUCCGCUCCCUCCAAGGCCACAAGAAAGCUUCCAGCUAACCUGUGAGGAGAGUGACCGUGGAGGUGCCAGCCAGUCCUCCCGGUACCAGCAGAGCGCCUCAGACCACGCACCUCCCUCCCACCGCGGCCUGGCAGCCACUUUGCUGGUUCAGCAGCACUCUGGCUGCUUGUGCUGAGGCCUCCCCCUCGGCCCCGGGCAUCUCUGGACCAGGAGACAGCCAAUCCCCGGGACCGGCUCGGCGCACGGUCCGAAGAGGACAGUGCAGAGCGCAGGUCCUGCACCCCCAGAGUCUAAUAAACAAGCACGGGCUCAACCCAGAGUGACUGGCACGGGGCCUAGCUUGGGGGGCAGCUGCAAGCAGCAACCAAGUAGCCUUGGCUUUGACCUUGUGACAGCCAGCGCCUGACGAGGUUUUUCAGCUACCAACAGGAUCCUUUCAGCAGUGGUCCAGAGGGAAUUUACCUUUAGCAGUGACUAGGUUACGUUUACUGGGGCUCUGGGGAUGGCUGAGCCCCGUGCAGCCUGCCCUGCUGGCCCUACCCAGUGUGGGGUGUGUCACAGCACAGGCUACUCUGUGCUGUGUACGGGCACUCCACCCCGGAGUGGGCCGUGGGGUUCCCCAUCCCCUAGAGAAAGGAUCUGAUGGGCUCUUCUUUGGCCUGGCGACCACCUUGCCACACCAAACCCAUCGUUCACUGAAUCCCGCAGCUCGUUUGCAACACGAUCACUGUGGCACUGUCACCGUCACAGGGAUGUCUGUAACUCUGCAGCUUCCGUCCUCAGGGAUCUGUGUCGUGGAGUCUAAACUCGUCAGUGAUCAGACGCCCAUCUGUCUGGUGCUUCUCUCACCUGGGUGGGGGGAGCUCACCUGAUUGGAGCUGUAGUUCCCUUAGCCCUGCUACCACGGGUGAGACUUUUAGUUCCCACUACUACAUGCCCUACUUUCCAGGACCACCACAGGGAAAACACUGUCAUUUCUACUUGCAAAAACAAACAAAAGGCCUGCGGACAGAGCCCAAGUCGACCUAGGUAGGGUAUUUUGUUUGGCAAACACCCAAGCUUUGCAGCUUUCCGAAUGUGCAGUCGUGGACAGAGGGUUCAGCCGAACGGUCCAGGCUCCCAACCCUGGGCCAGCGGCAGGUACGAGCCCCCACCCCCUCACCAAGGUUCCCGA